UAAACACUACAAGAGCUUUGACUAUUUACUUAUUGUUAUUUUUCACUCGAUUGCUGGUUUCGCCAUUUAAAUGACCAAUUAUGAUCUUCAACCUUACUCCAGUAUCUUCUCUAUUAAUAUACUCUGUUUUAUUUAGUUAUUGUCUGGUAUAUUUUGACUCUGAUCAAAGAUAAUAACAAGCAAACAAAAGUUUAUACCCGUUACCAAUCAUCAUCUUCAUCAUAUCAUUUUAACCAUCACCAGCAACAUUACCAACACCAUCAUCAUCAACUUACUGCUCUCGAUGUAAUCUUGAAAGUUAUAAUUCUCAAGGCUUUAAGGAAAAGCUUUCCAUUACUUUGUUUUUACGUUUAAUGUGUCUCUGCUUGUGCCGUGAUCAUAAUUAUUUCAUUUUGUUGAAUUGAGCUUUUCUAUUUUUUUUCUCCAUUGAUUGGAGAAGAAAAAAGAAGCCAACCUUUAUUUUUUAUUGUUAAUCAUGUUUGACCAUCACCAUGUUCAUUGUUCACCUAUCAUCAAUUUUAUACUAAGGCUUUCUCAAAACUUUUGUUCCAAGAAAGUCACCAUCUUUCUAGUUUUAUUAAUUAUUUCAUGUUUGUCAGAGUUUAAUCAUGCACAGAUUCACAAAGAAAACAUCGGUGAAUCAGAUGUCAAAUAUUUAAGUGUUGAUUUUGAAACAUCUAUCCAGAAAUUACUUUUAACCACGUCUAAUCAAUUAUUUGUUGGUGCUCGAAAUAAAUUUAUCAAAGUUGAUGUUGAUAACUUGAAAAUUAUUCAAGAAUUUAAAAUUCAAAUCUUAAAGGAUUCUCCAGAGUGUCCACCUGAUCCUGAGCCAUGUCCUUCAAACAAAGCUCGUUCUAUCAUGCAAGCUGACUGUAAAAAUUUGUUUCCAUUCAAUGUUAGCUCUGAAACAACUAUAUUUGCCUGUUACUCAACCAAUCAAGGAAUGUGCUAUAUUUUUCGACAAUCUGAUCUAACGAAAGGUCGACUUAUUGGUUCACCUAGCCAAGUAUCAAAUUACGUUGCCUCUCGAUCAAGUAGUUUUGUUGUUCCUGUGUCUGCUGGCAACACAACUCAUAUUUUUGUAGCUCACGCCUAUGAUGGUCGUCCAGUCAAUCUAAGUCCACCAACUUUGUCCAAUCGAAAAUUAGUCAGUUCACUUCGACAAAUCAAUUUGGAUUAUUCUGUAAAUACCAAAUCUGCAUUUACCGCCAUCGAUUUAAGAAACAACUACAAAACCUCGUUUCCAUUGAAUUACAUAUAUGGAUUUCAAGAUGGAGAUUACGUAUUUUUUGUGAAAACGGAACCUAACUCUUUAAAAGGAGAUCGAAUUGUAACGAAAGUGGCUCGUGUGUGUACAAAUGAUUACUAUUUUGGCUCCUAUAGUGAGAUUGAAGUUAAAUGCUCUGAGCAAACUAAAGCAACCACAGCAGUUAUUGGUAAAAUGGAUACCUAUUUACGGAACACUUUUGCUGAUUCUGUGACCUCUCACCAGUCACCAAAUGCCCUAUUUAUCUCUUUUGAAAAUCAUAGAGUAAAAAGCCAAUCUAUUAAUGGGCAUCAAGAAACGCGGGUUUGUGCAUUUGGCAUUUCCAAGUUGUCAUCUCUGUUUGAUGAAGCUAAACGUAAAUGUUAUUCUACUCGAGACGGAUCCAUGAUUGAAUCAUUAUCUGAACCUGGUUCUCGAUGUACUGAAAAUCAAUUAGAAACAUGUAGCACUGUUAUCAACAAAUUCAUCAAAGUGCCUGAACCAUUGGAUGGGCUUCUUGUUUACGGUGAUAGACAUCGAUUAACUAGUUUAGUCUCAGUGUUACAAGGUCCAACUACUCCUCUUAGGCAAGCUUUAUUUGUUGGAACAGAAAAUGGAUUUAUAAAAAAGAUUGUCAGUGGUCGUGAUAUUUUCUCAGUUGGUAUAAGCAAAUCUUCCAUCGAACCUGGUGCUGUGGUUGACGCUAGUGAAGAAAACAUUUUUUUCGCCUCUGAUAAAUCGCUGAUCAAACUUCCCAUAAAAACAUGUUUAUUCUAUCAGGAUUGUGGAUCUUGUAUUGAAUCACUAGGUAAGGACACCGUCAGAUGUGUUUGGGAUGGUAAAAAGUGUGUUCUCGAUGAUGGUAAAAUUGCUGGUAAAAAUUAUUGUGAACCGAGAAUAACUUCAUUCUCACCUCGGAAAGGGCCAACUGCUGGAGGAACUGUCGUCAAAGUUAAAGGAAUAGACUUGGGUUUUCAUGAUGAAACUCAAAAUACUGAGAAUGAAAUAAAAGUCGCAGGAUUAAAAUGUUCAAUAAGAUCCUGGAAUUAUACAGAAAUCAUAUGUGCCAUAAGUGGAUCUACAGAAGUCGCUAAAUCAGGUCCAAUAGAGUUGAAAGUCAAAGACAUUUCCUCUCGAAAACCCUAUGAUAUCCAAGGAAGUGCAACUAGCUCAGAAAAAUUCGAAUUUUUGACUCCAAGUGUGAAAAAUGUUGAGCCCAAAUAUUCUCCUUUAGCUGGUGGGGUCGAUGUAUUCAUUCAUGGAGAAAAUUUGGAUAUUGGGUCAAACAUAUCAAUAGCUUUGGCAAAUUUUCCAUGUACAUCUAUUCAAAUCAUUGACAGCUCAGUUAUACAUUGUGUUGCAGGUCCAGCCAUAGCUUCAGACCAGCUGACUGGUCCAGUUAAAAUUAAAAUUGAUUCUGCAUUAAUAGUACCAGAAAUUAAUUUUUCCUACCUUCUUGAUCCAUCUUUUUCAUCCAUUUCUCCUAAUGUAACCAGUGCAACCUCCGGUGUUAAUAUUUCAGUCUUUGGAGACCAUUUUGAUAGUUUAUUCAAACCUCGCCUUGUUAUCAAUGCCAUUGUUCCCAGAGCAUCAUCACCUCUCAUCCUUGAAAGUGAUUGUACACUAAUCAAUGCUUCUUGCCUUAUCUGUCCUAGUCCAAUAAUGCCAUCUGAUAUUUCCUUUGAAGCUUCAAUACCAGCAACAAUAGCCUUUGCCAAUGGUGGAUCUGAUAGAUUUAUACAAACUGAUUUUAUUUUAGUCUACCAUCCAGAUCCUAAAUUUUCAAAUAAAAUUGUUACCACUCAAGGUAAUGAUGGCGGUCGUACUCUCGAAAUUAUGGGCCAACAUCUGAGUACAGGUUAUGGAAUGAGAGUUUUACUCGUAAACCAACUGGAUGGAGCAACUUUGGAAUGUGGAAAUUUACGAUCCAUUGAUAAUAGUCUAAUUACAUGUGAUAUUCCUUUAAAUGAUUAUCCCGGUGAUCCAACCUCUUCCCUCUGGAAUAUAUCGGUAAUUGCUGGAAGCAAACAAGCUCUCAUCGGAAUGGUUCCCAUUGAACCAGAAGAUUCAUCGAGCACAACCAUCGCAGGAUUUAUUGUUGGUUUGAUUGCUAUUUUAGUGGUGAUCGCAUUAAUAAUGAUGUAUCUUCUUAAACGCAAUGGUUACCUGUUGAGUAAAAAAGGACCUCCACCUUCCCUAGGAGUUACUUUCAGAUCUGAAAAUGGUCAAUUUCAAAGACAAGGCUCACAAAAUGAGUAUCAUGGACCUGAUGGAAGGAUUUCUGGUCAACCUUUGUUGUUUGAUCGACAAUCAGAGGAGAUCAAAUUUGUUAUUGAACCUCAAAAACAGGCUGAAUUACAAGCUGAUGGCAUAUUAUUUAGUCGAGACUAUUUAACCAGAGAAAAGGUCAUUGGUCAAGGAAACUUUGGCCUUGUUUUUAAGGGUUACCUUCAGCUACCAAAUAAAGAGGAUAAAAUCAAAGUUGCCAUAAAAACACUAAAAACAGAUCGAGGUAUUUUAUCACAAGAUAAAGGUGAAGCGUUCCUUGCUGAAGGUCUCAUUAUGAAAGAGUUUUGCCAUGAAAAUGUAUUGUCUUUGAUUGGUGUUUCAAUUGAUUUUGAUGGUUCACCGAUGAUAAUCACUCCAUUCAUGGAACAUGGUGAUUUAAGAUCAUACAUUCAACGGGAAGACCUGGAAUUCACUGUUAUUGAUUUAAUUCAAUUUGGCGUUCAAGUUGCUCAAGGAAUGGUUUAUUUAGCUUCACUUAAAUUUGUCCAUAGAGACUUAGCAGCUCGUAAUUGCAUGGUUGAUGAACAUCAUACUGUUAAAGUUGCUGAUUUUGGCUUAUCUCGAGACGUUUAUACUACCAGUUAUUAUUCAGAUGCUGAUAAUUUUAGAAAACCUUUACCUCGAAAAUGGAUGGCCAUUGAGAGUCUGGAAAGAGGCAAUUAUGACACUAAAAGCGAUGUCUGGUCUUAUGGAGUUUUACUUUGGGAAUUAUUGACUCGAGGUGACAUUCCAUAUCCUGAUGUUGAUGAUUGGAAGAUGAAAGAUUAUCUCAAAGUUGGUUAUCGAUUACCUAGGCCUGAGCAUUGUCCACCUGAAGUGUAUUCCGUUAUGAAAGAGUGUUGGGUUGAGGAUCCAAAAAGUCGACCAACCUUUGAAGAGAUCUUGAAAUUAAUUGAAGUUGCCAUUGAAAGCAAUGAGAAAAAAUAUCUGGAACAAAAAACUAACCGAAAUAUUCGUUAUAUCAAUGAUCCCUCAAUCUUUACCAAUCCUCAUUAUGAUGGAUCAUUAGUUACCAACAGUUAAUUUACCUCACUUUUAAAUGGUCCUGGUUGAAUUAACAAUUUGUGAUCAGUUUAAAUCUCAUUGUCAUCGGAGAGAAAUCAAUUAUCUUUCAGAUCAAAUGAUCCAGCUUUUUGCUUUCAAGGCUGAUUUUGUUUCGGUUACAGCGAUGGAAAGAAUCGAAUCAUUUGAACCAUCUGCUAUUGGAGAUAAGGUGAUUAAUCAUGAACACUAUUUUCGAAGAAACAAGCGUCAGUUAUUUGUGAUCAACUCAAUAUGACAGCUACCGCCUUUGAAUAUUUUCCCGUUCACUGUUAAGUUUGAAAUACAUAAACUAACAAUUUGAGUUCAUUAAGUCUGAUUACAUUUAUCAAAUGACUUAUAUCUACUUGUUGGUUCAGUCUCAGUUUAUUUUGUUCUUGUUAAGAUGAAAAUAUGAUCGAAAGCAUUUAUUGUAUUUUGUUAUUUGUACACAGAAUUGUGAAGCUUUUGUUAGCUAAUUUUGUAUUUUGUGAUGAGUUUAUUGUAAGAACAGUCCAUCACUAACUUCGUCAUCAUACUUGUUAUGUUGUAAAAUAUGGAUACCUUGAAAUGAGGUACAUCAUAAAAUUAUUCAUACUUUUUUAACUUAAUCAUCUACUAACCAUCUUCAGGAAAACCUUUGGAUAUCUUAAGUCAAACAAUUUAUAAUUCUGUCUGCUUCCAUCUAAUCAAUUGUAAUAAUUUGCCAAAUUUUGUUCAUCUAUGUAAAUAAUGCAAAUUUUAAUCAAAUGCAACGAUGUCUCGUUUGGAUUGAAUAAAUUUGAAAUGAAGAUUUCAUAAAAAUCAAU